AUGACAGAAGAGGCACCCAACAUGUACCCCAAGUUUCCUGGCUCCAUGUUGAUCUCCACUCCCCACUGCGUGACCAAAAACUUUACAAACAGUUCAACAUCCCAAAAGCUGAUUGGCCACUCACCCUACCUGGGAACUAGUGGAGGUUUUAACGCAACGGCCGCUUACAGCAAUCAAUACCUAUUCAGCAAUCAAUCUCCAAACUUAUCUUACUCCUUGGCUAAGCCCCAGGCUAUUUCGUCUGUUUCAUUCAUCUACCAGAAUCUCGGAGUGGUCCCCUGGCUUAGCCAUUCUCCUGGCAAGUGGGAACUGAGCACCCACCCAACCAACAAAGGCCCUAAUUAUUACAAUAAUCAAUUACCUUCCAUCUGGGAAACUACCUCCCCAACUCUCUUAAUACCACCAUAA